AUGAUGCUCCUACUCCUCUUCUUCCUCUUGUUUCCAGGUCACUUUCCGGCAGGGGAACGUUGCAAUCCAGAAGAUAAAGCUGCCCUUCUAGAAUUCAAAAAUAGUCUCUCAAAUCCAGAUCUCUUGCCUUCAUGGGACCCUAACAGUGAUUGCUGUGGUUGGUAUGUAGUUGAAUGUGAUGAAACCACCAACUUUGUCACUAGCCUCACAAUCCUCGGUUCUCUCUCCGGCACCAUUCCUCCGGCGAUCGCCAAAAUGACCCACCUCCAAUUCCUCCGGUUCCACAAGAACCCUCUCCUCGUCGGAGAAAUCCCGCCGGCCAUCGGAGAAUUAUCACAGCUCGAUUUCCUUGAAAUUAGCUGGAGCAAUCUCUCAGGCCCCAUUCCCCAUUUCCUAGCAUACCUCAAAAAACUUAGAUUCCUCGACCUCUCCUUCAACAAACUCUUCGGCUCAAUCCCACCAUCGCUUUCCACACUGCCAAUCAUUUUCUCCAUUGAUCUUAGCCGGAACAGGCUCACCGGGCCGGUCCCGGAAUCUUUUGGACACUUUCCAGAUUCAGGCACAACACUAGCACUUGACCUAUCACAUAACAAUCUCUCCGGUGAAAUUCCACCUUCUUUAGCCAACGUAAACUUUUCUAGAAUCAAUCUUUCGAGGAAUAAUUUUUCGGGCGAUGGGUCUAUGCUUUUUGGCGCGAAUAAGGCCACCGUUAUUCUUGUGAUAUCGAGAAAUAAUUUCGAGUUCGAUUUCUCGAAAGUGAGGUUUAUGAAGCCAUUGGUAACGCUGGAUAUAUCCCAUAAUAUGAUUUAUGGGAGGAUUCCGACCCAGAUCACUGAAUCCAUUCUUUUGCAGGAAUUGAAUGUUACUUAUAACAGAUUGUGUGGGGAGAUACCCACCGGCUGGAAAUUGAAGUAUCGGCAGGAGGGUUUCGAUAAUUCGUCGUUCUUUCGCAACCGUUGUUUGUGUGGGAUGCCACUGAAUCCAUGUAAACCGUGA